GAAUAGCUCUCGGGCUCAGGGUGCAGACGGAGUGGAAAGUCAGUUCUUACAGUUUGUGUGAAGUUCCCCUGUGUGUGUGCAGUCAUGUCGGGCAGCAAGCUGAUGAGAGCCAUCAGAGUGAGUGAGUUUGGAGCUCCGUCAGUGCUCAGACUGUGCUCAGAUGUGCCUGUCCCACAGCCUGGACACAGACAGGUGUUGAUUCGUGUCCAUGCCUGUGGAGUGAACCCUGUGGAAACUUACAUCCGGGCUGGGACCUACGCCCGUAAGCCCUCCCUGCCAUACACACCAGGCACAGACGUAGCUGGAGUGGUGGAAACUGUUGGAGAAGGAGUCACUGCAGUAAAGGCAGGAGAUCGUGUGUUCACCACAGCCACAGAGUCUGGAGCUUAUGCAGAGUACACUGUAGCAGCUGACGACUGUGUCCACAAACUGCCCAGUGCUUUAGACUUCAACCAGGGCGCAGCCAUAGGGAUUCCUUACUUCACCGCCUACAGAGCUCUGAUUCACAAAGCCCACACCAAACCUGGAGAGACUGUCCUCAUCCAUGGAGCCAGCGGAGGGGUUGGUGUGGCAGCGUGCCAGUUGUCCCGUGCUCUGGGUCUCAAGGUGUUGGGGACAGCAGGGACAUCAGAGGGAAUGAAGCUGGUUCUCAGCAAUGGAGCUCACCAAGCCUUUAAUCACAGAGAAGAGGGUUACACACACAAAAUCAUGGAAGCCACAGAAGGCAAAGGCAUAGAUGUGAUAGUAGAGAUGCUGUCAAAUGUCAACCUCAGUAAAGACCUCCAGAUGUUGGCCUUUGGAGGACGUGUUACGGUCGUUGGCUGCAGAGGCUCCAUAGAGAUCAACCCCAGAGACACCAUGGCUAAAGAGAGCAGCAUCAUAGGAGUGGCCCUUUUCUUUUCUAAACCGGAGGAGACAAAGGAGUGUGCAGCGCUGCUCUACGCAGGGAUGGAAGCUGGUUGGCUACGUCCAGUCGUCGGUUCCCAGUAUCCACUUGAGAAGGCCGCCCAGGCCCACCAUGACAUCAUUGAGUGUCCCGGAGCUGCUGGGAAGACAGUCCUGAUUAUGUGAUGAUAUGAUCAUGUCACAGGUCUAAGGUCACCCAGUAGGGUUUUGGCUGUUCCUAAAGGGGAGACUCUUGCUACAACAAAGCAAACAAUGAUUCAUAUGGUCACAUUAAGCUUUAAAUGAUUACUGAAAAUGACCAUGAAAAUUAGAAUACCAAUGUGCUUAUUUAUCAUCACUGCCAAUACGCAAAUCAUGGAUACAACAAUAUAUGAAGGAAAUAAUGUUGAACUUAUUGCUGAUGACUGCUUGAGAGUUAUGAACUAUGACUAUCUGUAUUUGAUCAGAAAUUUUGCAAAUCUUUCUGACUCUUUCUAUGCCUUUAGCUACCUUUGUUGGUCACAUGACCUUUGCCAUGUUCGUCAGAGCAGUUCCUUGUUUAGCUGUGGCUGGGCCUUCAAGUCAUUAAGGACUUAAAUUCAGCUUAAAAGCUUUUUUCUUCAUUUAUAACUUGCAGUGCACCUUUAAAGCUACAUUAAUUGAUUUUUUUUAGCCAAUUGGGGGCAGUGGAACAAGCUGAAACCACAACAUUAACAUAUUAUCACCUUGUAAAGUUGGUAGGUCAGCAAACAGUUACUUAUUUCCAUCCAGACACAGAGCAACAUUAGCAUUCAUUUGGAAUCAUAUUUGUGUCCACCAGUGUUGGUGCUGUUAUUAAAAAGUGAGUAUUACACAUUACUCAGUACUUUUAAAGAGUAAUGCAUUACUAAACUCAGUCACUCCUGUAGAAAGUAAUUUGUUAUACUAUUAAUUACUUAACUUUUGCAGUACUCUGCAGCAUCAUCUGAGACCAGUGUUACCAGUGUACAACAGUAAUAAUAUCACUUUUUUCAGUAACAAGUAGUGUAAUUAAUUACUAAUACAAUUUCAGUUAUAAUAGUACAGUUACCAAAUAACAUAUUACAUUACUUUUGUAAACAUGGCACUACUGACUUGAAGACAGUCACAUCAGUGGUUUCAUUUUUGUAAUCAUCACGCUGUGCUUGCACAUCACAACACAGUAUGCUAGUUUGGAAGAUGGAAACACUUACCUUUAGCAGCUGGCAAUAUUCUCAUUACUUUGGUUUUGCUGGGAUGAUAGAUGACAUGAAGACUGCUGCUGCAGGUAGUUUUACUUAAACUCUUUCCCCAUGAAAAACAUGACCUGAAACCUUUGGUCUGAAACACCUACUAACAGCACAACAACAUAAAGCUCCAGGAAAUACACUCCACAAAAGGUGAGCCCUCCUUGGCAGCGGAGGAUGUAUCUAGUCCUACACUGUCUAAACAACCCAAAACUUGAUUUUAAUUGUGGCAGCUGCAGGCUACAAAGAACUAAUAAGGCAUGUGGCUGGAUAUGUUGUGGAUGAAAUGUUGCUCAAGGAUUGACUGUCCGUCUUUUAUGCAGAGCCUUGGGAAAAUACCAGUCGCAGGCAAAAGGAGGUUGAAAAAAAAAAAAAAUCUAGCCAUAGCUACACUUACCGGUGAUUACCCUGACAUUAACAUGGAGGCACAAGUGGAGUCUGAAUUUGGAGGGGACACAAUUCCAAUUUUGUGGGGUGUAGCAGAAAAGUAAUAUAACAAGUAGUUACACGAAUGACUGUUGGCAGAGAGUAAUAAGUAAAGAAAUAAUAUUACUUUGAAAAGAGUAACAAGUAAUGAGUAAUAUAUUACAUUUUUAGAGUAACAAGCCCAACACUGCCUGAGACACAGUGUCACAUACUUGCAAGUUAACAAUACAAAGUUAAACCUGACAUAUGUCCACAUAUCAGAACAAAACAAGGUUCAAAAAGGCUA